UUUCUGAUAUCAUAUAUAUAUAUAUAUAUAUCCCUGUGCCCUGUGUUAUUUAUUUUUGACCCAGGACCACUACUAUUGCCAUUAUAUUUGUAAUUCAAAAACUCUAAAUUAUCACACAAAAAUGACCAAAUUCAUCGUUUGUGCUUUCUUCAUCAUUUUUAUUCUAGGGAUGAUGGUGAAUGAGAUUGAAGGACAAGGACAAUGCAACGAGGUUUUAGAAGAAAUAGAUUGUGGUGCUGGGAACUGUAGCGCUCUAUGCCUACAGAAACGGCAGGGCUUGGGUCGAUGCGUCGAUCCAGAAGGCAACUCCACCCUCAAAUGCUAUUGUUAUUAUCCUUGCGUCUAAAGUUUUUUAAUUUUAUUUUAUAUCAUCUGAUCUAUA